AAACGACACGCCCAGUCGCAACGCUGGACGGAUGACGUUUGCAAAUCUGAUGUUUGUGCUUUGUGGCUGUUAGCUGGGAACGCCACACUCUCAAACAACAAGAUAUAAGCUUAACUCAGACGAAAUGUCGACGAUAGUACAAUAAAAAGAGCAACCGGGACGGACGUUUCAUAUUCCCCUUUACUGGCUUUAUACCCUCAACCCGAAGGCCUGUUGUUAGAGGAAAUCCCCGGACUGAACUGCGACUCCUGGCCGACCUGAGAGGACAUGCCACGGGAGAGAAAGCUGCUCAAAGCUCGCCUUCCUUCGCGUGUUUUACCCGUAAAACAAACGGGUCACCAUUUCUGGAGCGUAAACAACUGAGGACUCGAAUUGGUCAGGAUGAACCGUUACCUGCCAGUGGCACGGCAGCACUUUCUGAGUGCUUUGGCGAGCACGAGUGUGGUGGUCAAAUCGAUAUGUGCUACAGUGAUCCUCCUCUACCUGUUGUCCUGGGCUGCUAACACCCCUUACCUUCUUGGUGUCACACCGGGCUUCCUUUUUCCUCCAAACUUCUGGAUAUGGACACUUCUGACCCAUGCAGUGGUAGAGCAGCAUGUUUUUGGGAUGGCUGUGAACAUUGCUACUGUGAUGGUCGCCGGGCGGCUUUUGGAGCCAUUAUGGGGAGCUUUGGAGCUGCUGAUCUUCUUUGCUGUAGUAAAUGUAGCAGCCGGUCUCCUGUCAGGACUCUCAUACCUUUUCACCUAUGCUGCAACCUUUGACCUGGACUAUCUGUUUGCCGUGCGGGUGUAUGGCGCACCUGCCUUUCUGGGUGGUGUUCUUGUAGCACUAAAGCAGACUGCAGGUGACACUACAGUGCUUCGAGUUCCUCAAGUACGAUUAAAAGCUGCCCCGGCGCUAGCUUUGCUUGCCAUAGCUGUCCUGCGGCUAGCGGGGUUGCUGGACACUUCAGCUCCACUAGCAGCAUGCGGGUACGGCGCACUAUCCGGGUGGGUUUACCUGCGCUUCUACCAGAGGCACUCUAGGGGGCGUGGAGACAUGUCGGACCACUUUGCCUUCGCCUCUUUCUUCCCAGAGGCCCUCCAGCCGGCUGUUGGCUUUGCAGCCGGACUUGUGCACGCCGCCCUGGUGAAGAUUAAAAUUUGUCGUAAGAUGGUGAAGCGAUACGAUGUUGGGGCUCCUUCCUCCAUCACCAUCAGCCUGCCAGGCACAGACCCACAAGAUGCAGAAAGACGGAGACAACUGGCAUUGAAAGCUCUGAAUGAGCGUUUGAAGCGUGUUGAAGACCAGUCGGCUUGGCCCAGCAUGGAAGAUGAGGAGGAUGAUGAAGAUGAGGAAGUGCGAACGGACACUCCUCUCCUUUCAAGUCGAGAAACAUCACAGCCAGCACCUAGCACCACACAAAACCCUACGGGACAACAGGAGUCCAGCAUCAUAAGUUUUGAAGAUGCUCCAACCCAUUCCUAACACACACACACACACACACACACACAAUUUUUUUUUAUUUGUCCUGCAGAGUUCAGUUUACCCUUACUAUCACAAAUUCUACUGGGGACAACACACACACACACACACACUCUCACACAUAAUUAUUUUGGUAAGGCUUUACACACACAAAUGAGAAGUUGCCACUAUAUGAACACCCAAAUGAGAAAUUAAACGGACAUCCACACUCAGUUUUUCAGCUGUAUAAAAAAACCCUGGAUUAGCCUGAAACUUAGCAUCUGCAGUGCUCCAGUACUUCUGCUUUGUAAAAACAAUAUCUUCUCUCCCUCUGGCCUCUUGUGUAAGGUUUCCAGGAUGUGUUUUUCUGAAUAAACGCUCUCUGAUGGUUGAUGGGAUUAACACUCGGUUUUUAAAUGUGUGUCUGACUUUACAAAAUGUUUAUGGGUUGAAUUUUUUUUGGCCUCAAAUCAGAAAAAAGGCAAGAUUCCUGGUAUUUAUUGAAGAUGGGACUUCUUCCUGCUUUUUGAUGUGAUGGCAUCAUAUGAAUGUCUGAAACGUCAAGGGCCACGUUGCUAAAGGUGGAGAAUGUUUUUGCAGAUUUUAGGACUUUUCAAGGAACGCGUGUUCUGUAAUUUAAGGUUCAGCUCUCGUUGAUCAGAAAGUGGCCCUAUGAUUUCCUGUUUUCUGUCACUAUUCGAUUGGUGGAGCCUUAAUUGAGAGAGUUGGAUACAGUCAUUUCAAAGAUAUUUUUGUUCAGAAUAGUUUGAAAUGAUAUUAGCAAUACUGAAUCUGAUUCUGUCUCCUGUUGUAUCUUUUUCCUCAUCUGUACUUUAAUGAUCUGUCUUUAAGUGUUGGCUUUGAUGAGAGUGUUGCACUCUAAAUUAUGAGCUUGCAUAAUGGACCUGUUUUUAUAAAACACAGAUUGUCUACACAAUGUGGCAUGAGUUUCAUUUAAUGCAGAUUCUGACAAGCUCAGCUGUUUCUCUGGAGAAACCUGGUUAUGUGUGGUUUUUGAAUAGGGUUGAUGCAUUUUUCACUAAUACAUUUUAACCCUUAUUUUUCUUUGGGGAUUUUAUUAGUAAUUGUCGGUCUGUUUUAUUAUGGUUCAUAGGUGUCAUGCUUCUUUCACAGUCUCAUUCUCUGACUCCAAUUUCACCCUGAUCUCUCUCCAUCUGUAAUAAAGAUUAAAUGAAAUCA